UAUAACCGAUGCUUUCCGAUUAAUUUUUUCAAUAUGGAAGACAGUGAUGGAACAUGUGUUGUGGCUCAAAUAGAAAAAAAUACUCGGCAAUGUUUUCAAAGUCGAAAACAUGCGAAUUGUCUGCUAGAUAUCAUUGCAUAUUCAGAGACGAAGAAUAAAGUGAUUCUACUUGCAUGUAUUCGAUCCUUCCAUAGAUUAUUUGCCUUGUACUUGUCUUCUGGAGAAUUAUUCCUUGAUAUUCCAAAUGAUCUCAAAGAAGCAGAUCUAAAGAAAGAGGAAAAAUACAAACUUUGGUUGAAGGAGAGGUAUGAGGAAACUAUUGCUAAGCUGAUCCAGCUUGUUCACCAUGAGAAUCUGAAUGUCAAGGAGCUUUCACUGUGUACUCUGAUGAGGUUCGUAUUGGAGGAGGCCCAGCUCCCAGCUGCAAAACAUUGUCAGAGCAAGACCCAUUUUCCAGUAGCUUUGUUUAGAAGAGUUGUGCUCACACUGACCUCCGCCUCCUGUGAUUCAACUGCUCUGAUCGGUCGAUUCAAAGAGUACUUGUCAUAUGAUGAUGUAAGAUACCAUCUUAUGAGAAUUCUUCACAAGCAGAUAAUAUCUAAGACACAAGACACUGUGAGUGAUACCUACUUAAACAAUGUCGAGGCUCUGUUGGAACAGAUUGAUUUUCCUUCAGACGAAAUGGAGGAACUUAAUCAUUUUUUGACCAAGUAUCCAGAAAAUGAAAAUACAGAAAAAGUCAAAAGUAAAGAUGAACAACGGAAAAUCUACACAAACUUAUGGAUUGAUUUCUUACAAUUCAAGCUACCAAACUGUGUGUACAAGAAAGUAUUGACCAUUCUUCAUGAUAAAGUGAUGCCAAACCUGACAAAUCCGCUGUAUCUGAGUGAUUUCCUUACAGCUUCAUAUGACAUUGGGGGUGCCAUUAGCCUGUUGGCUUUGAAUAGUCUAUUUCUACUGGUACACAAACACAAUUUGGGUUAUCCUGAUUUUUAUGAGAAGUUGUAUGCUUUGUUUGAGCCUGGUGUCCUACAUGUGAAAUACAGAGCUAGAUUCUUUUAUUUAGCUGAUCAAUUUUUGUCAUCAACGCAUUUACCUUCUGCAAUGGUUGCUGCUUUCGCAAAGAAGUUGGCCAGGAUCUCAUUGACUGCUCCAGCAAGUGCUCUUACAAUCACUAUCCCUUUCAUAUACAAUCUCAUCAACAGGCACCCCAACUGUAAAAUACUCAUCCACAGGGAAACACCAGAAGACUUGCAAGAAGAUGCUUACAAAAUAGAAGAAGCAGACCCUGUAAAAAGCAAAGCAAUAGAAAGCUCUCUGUGGGAACUUAAGACACUGCAGUGUCAUUUCCAUCCUGAUGUGGCAAAGAAGGCCAAGAGAAUUGACCAACCUUUGGUCAAGAAUGAUAUUUCACUAGGGAUUCUUCUUGAAACGUCAUACAGUGAUCUUUAUGGAAAAGAAACAAAAAAGAAAGUAAAGCAUGCACCUGCCAAUUUUAAUCCACCAAAGGGAAUUACGGGAUUACCUAGCGACAAAUUAAAUCUGUGCUGGACAUUGGAUUAAAAAAAGAGAGAUGGAAAAAUUUGAGUGACAGAAAAUUUGAAAUGGGGUUGCUUGGAAAAAUUGGAGUUUGAACAGUUGGUUUUUAACUCAUCUGAGCUAAAAGCUCAAGUGAGCUUUUCUAAUACUUUUUGUCUGGCGUCUGUCUGUCCGUCUGUCUGUCCAUCCGUCUGUAAACUUUUUACAUUUUCGACUUCUUCUCCAGAACCACUGGGCCAAUUUCAACCAAACCUGGCACAAGGCUCCUUAGGUGAAGGGGAUUCAAAGGGCGACACUCUCUCUCAAAGGGAGGUAAUAAAGAAUUAUUAACAAUUUGUUGGUAUGUUUAAAAAAUCUUCUCAAAAACCAUUUGGCCAAAAAACUGUAACUUGUGUGGAAGCAUCCUCAGAUAGUGUAGAUUCUAGAUUGUUUAAAUCAUGAUCCACGGGGGUACGGUGGGGCCACAAAUGGGGAUCGAAUUUUUACAUAGGAAUAUAUAGAGAAAAUUCUUUAAAAAUCUUCUUCUCAAGAACCAAUUGGCCAGAAAAGCUGUCAUUUGUUUGGAAGCAUCCUCAGGUAGUUUAGAGUCCAGUUGUUUAAAAUCAUAAUCCCCGGGGUACAGUGGUGCUACAAUGGAGGAGGGGUGAUUUUUAUAUAAGAAUACAUGUUUAUAGAGAAAAAACUUUUAAAAAUGUUCUUCUCUAGAACCAACUUGACAGAAAAAGCUGUAACAUGCAAUUGUGUGGAAGCACCCUCAAGUAGUGUAUAUUCUAGUUUGUUCAAGUCAUGAUCCUUUGGGUUAAGGUUGGCCCACCAAUGGGGGGGGGGGGGGGGGCAAAUUCUUACUUAGAAAUGUAUAGAGAAAUAUCUUCUUUUUGGAAAGGAUGAGACUAUAAUGGGGGGGGGGCGAAUUUUUACAUAAGAAAUGAAUUUAUCAUAUUGACAUUUGUGUAGACUGUGGACCUGGAUAAUUCUUGGGCCACACAAGGGGUUCAAAAUUUGAUAUAGGUUUAUAUUUAUAUGAAAAGUUGUCUAAGAUCAUUUUGAGAAUGGCAAUGGUCAAUAUAUGAUAUAACUAUGAAAUUAUCUAGUUACAAAAGGUGCCCAAUAUAAAAACAUCUGUAGAAAUUUUUGGAAAGAUUUUGAAACAGGAUCAAUUUUACUCAUUCUUUGUCCCAAUAUUUUUGGAUAUGACUUCUUAAAGUUGAUUUUAUUAUGGCUAGUGUUGCUGAGGUGAGCGAUGUGGCCCAUGGGCCUCUUGUUUUUGUUUUUGUUUUUUCAUGCAGAAUGCAAAAUUAAUAAAUUUUAAAAAGAAAA